UGAGGCCGCAGCGCCCCGGUUCCGGUUCCGGCCGUGUCGUGCAGCCGCCGGGAUGAUCAACGCCAUCCUGGUGUUCAACAACCACGGCAAGCCACGGCUCGUCCGUUUCUACCAGCACCUGGCGGAGGAGGCGCAGCAGCAGAUCCUCCGCGACGCUUUCCAUAUGGUGCUGCGGCGCGACGAGCACGUCUGCAACUUCCUGGAGUGCGGCAGUCUGUUCGGCAGCCCUGACUGCAAGCUCAUCUACCGGCACUACGCCACGCUGUACUUCGUGUUCUGCGUGGACUCCUCCGAGAGCGAGUUGGGCAUCCUGGAUCUCAUCCAGGUGUUUGUGGAGACAUUGGACAAGUGCUUUGAGAACGUCUGCGAGCUGGAUCUCAUCUUCCACAUGGACAAGGUGCACUACAUCCUGCAGGAGGUGGUGAUCGGUGGGAUGGUGCUGGAGACCAGCAUGAAUGAGAUCGUGGCACAGGCGGAAGCGCAGAGCAGGCUGGAGAAGGCAGAGCAUGCAGUGACAGCAGGGAUGGGAUUUGGGUGUGGGGCUGGCACCCACCGCUCCCCCCAGGGGGGGCUCUCGGCUGCGCCAUCCCGCGCCGUCUCAGCCGUGAAGAACAUCAACCUGCCGGAGAUGCCACGCAACAUCAGCAUCGGGGACAUCAACAUCAAAGUGCCCAACCUAUCGCAGUUCAUGUGAGCAUCCCAGCGUGGGGGGCCGGAGCUGAGGCUGACUCUGCUUGAGAUUCCUCAGUGCAGAAAUGUGGCUGUGGCGCAGCCAUGGUGGUGCUGCUCCUCCAUCCUCCCGGUGUGGGGCUCGCUCUGCCCGCCUGUGUUCCCUGCCCACACUGCUCCUGUUGGGGCCCUGAGAGAUUGGCGCUGGUGUCACGGGGCAGGGCAGCGGGGUGUGAGCUGCUGGGAGCUGCCAGUGUACCCUGCUGUGCCGGGAACACGUGGAUGUGAGCAGCGAGCGUGUCCUGUUCCAAAUAAACCACUGUGUGAACCCUUC